CCCUCGCCUAAUAUUCCACUAUAAAAUCCUCCCCGCGGCCAUCUCCUCUCCCAUGAUCGAACAAAAAAACAAAACCCUCAAUUUCAUACUAAAUUAACCUCUUCAGAACCCUCUCCAAAACAAAAGCCAUCCUUUGGAUUUUUCUCCUUUUGAUUUUUCAUUUUUUUUUUUCAUUUCAUCUUCUUCUCUCUACACCUGGCUAUUUAUUUCUCUUCCAUUUUCUCUUUUAUUUCCAACAAAAUAUUUAUAUAUACACAAAAAAAGGACUCUUUCUUUCAACAUGGACACCAAGAUAGGAUCUCUUGACACCUGCCGACCAACCAGCAACGACAUGAUCAACCCGACAAACGGCGCCGUAGCGGCUAUCCAAAGCUCGGUCUCACCCACCGUAAUCAACUCAUCCGAGGCGACGCUGGGUCGGCACCUCGCUCGCCGACUCGUCCAAAUCGGUGUCAAUGACGUUUUCUCCGUCCCCGGUGACUUCAACCUCACCCUUCUCGACCACUUGAUCGCUGAGCCCGAGCUUAACCUUGUCGGUUGCUGUAACGAGCUCAACGCCGGCUACGCUGCGGAUGGAUACGCCCGAUCGCGUGGCGUUGGCGCUUGUGUUGUCACGUUCACUGUUGGGGGACUCAGUGUGCUGAAUGCUAUUGCUGGUGCUUACAGUGAGAAUUUGCCUGUCAUAUGCAUUGUUGGUGGGCCCAACUCCAAUGAUUAUGGAACUAACAGGAUUCUGCACCACACCAUUGGCUUGCCUGACUUUAGCCAGGAGCUUGCAUGUUUCCAGACUGUUACUUGUUUUCAGGCUGUGGUGAAUAACUUGGAGGAUGCACAUGAGCUGAUAGACACUGCUAUUUCAACUGCUCUGAAAGAAAGCAAGCCUGUUUAUAUCAGUGUUAGCUGUAACCUGUCAGCAAUCCCUCAUCCAACUUUUAGCCGUGAACCGGUUCCUUUCUCGCUCACCCCCAAAUUGAGUAACAAAUUGGGUUUAGAGGCUGCAGUGGAAGCGGCUGCCGAUUUCUUGAACAAGGCAGUGAAACCAGUUUUGGUGGGUGGGCCUAAACUAAGAUCCGCACAUGCAGGCGAGGCAUUUGUGGAGUUAGCUGAUGCUUCAGGUUAUGCGCUUGCAAUUAUGCCUUCGGCUAAAGGGCUUGUGCCAGAGCAUCAUCCACAUUUCAUUGGGACUUACUGGGGUGCAGUGAGCACUGCUUUCUGUGCUGAGAUUGUGGAGUCUGCAGAUGCUUACUUGUUUGCUGGACCAAUUUUCAAUGAUUAUAGUUCUGUUGGGUAUUCUCUCCUUCUCAAGAAGGAGAAGGCGAUUAUUGUGCAGCCUGAACGUGUGGUGAUUGCAAAUGGACCUGCAUUUGGGUGUAUUCUGAUGAAGGAUUUUUUAAGUGCCCUUGCUAAGAGGCUCAAGUGCAAUACUACUGCUUAUGAUAAUUACCACAGGAUUUUUGUUCCCGAGGGACAACCUUUGAGGGGUGCUCCCAAAGAACCUUUGAGGGUUAAUGUUCUGUUUCAACAUAUACAGAAGAUGCUGUCUGGUGAAACUGCUGUGAUUGCUGAGACUGGAGACUCAUGGUUUAACUGCCAAAAGCUGAAAUUGCCUAGGGGAUGCGGGUACGAGUUCCAAAUGCAAUAUGGAUCAAUUGGGUGGUCAGUUGGUGCAACUCUUGGGUAUGCUCAGGCUGUGCCAGAGAAGCGUGUGAUUUCUUUCAUUGGAGAUGGUAGCUUUCAGGUGACUGUUCAAGACGUGUCAACCAUGCUGCGAUGUGGACAGAAGAACAUCAUCUUCCUCAUAAACAAUGGUGGAUACACCAUUGAAGUCGAGAUCCAUGAUGGUCCUUACAAUGUGAUUAAGAACUGGAACUACACUGGCUUGGUUGAUGCCAUCCACAAUGGUGAAGGCAAGUGCUGGACAGCCAAGGUAUUCUGUGAGGAAGAUCUGGUUGAAGCAAUUGAGACUGCAACAGGAUCAAAGAAGGAUAGCUUGUGCUUCAUUGAGGUUAUUGCUCACAAGGAUGAUACUAGUAAAGAACUUUUGGAAUGGGGUUCUAGGGUCUCUGCUGCCAAUAGCCGUCCUCCAAACCCUCAGUAGACUUUUGCCACAAUGGCAAAUAUGUGAAGAUGCUAUGCGUCUUAGUUACAAGCAGUCGGGUUUUUGGUUUAUUGUUUCCUAGUACUGGAGUUUGUGUGAUCUUAAUCUGCACUACGAUUUCCUUGUAUCCAAAGCUCAUUUCCCUUUAAUUUUAUCUCGUUGAUGAGUUUGAUUUCGUUGUCA